AAUAAGCUCUAUCAUUAUUCCACACUACACUUCUUCUGCGCUCUCGUUCCCAAAAAAACUUUCUUGAUUUCUUCUGCUGAUCUCCCCUGUUAAGCAUACCAGCAACCAUGGCUGAGCUUGUGGGUGGAGCAUUUCUCUCUGCUGCUCUUCAAGUUGUUUUUGAUAGGCUGGGUCCUACUUCUACCAUAUACAAGUACUUCCGAUCUAGAAAGCUCGAGGGUCAAUUGCUCAAAAAGCUCCACAUCACCCUCAUCUCUGUGAAUCAAGUGCUUGAUGAUGCAGAAGCAAGGCAGUACACAAACUCCAUUGUCAAGGAAUGGCUUCAGGAGCUCAAACAUGCUGUUUACGUGGCUGAUGACCUCUUAGAUGAGAUUGCUACUGAGGCGACCAGGUUGAAGAUCGAAGCUGAGAAUCAAUAUGCUUCCAGUAAGGUGCGAGGCUAUUUAACUGCUUCUGAUAAUCCAUUUGACAAACACAUGGAAGCUAGAAUCCAGGAAGUGCUUGACGAUCUGGAUUUCCUUGUGAAACAAAAGGAUACUUUGGGAUUGAAGGAAAUCUCUGGCGGUGGUAGCAAAGUUGGAGUUGGUGCGAAAGGAUCCUCUAGAUUGCCAACUACAUCUCUGGUGGCUGAUGAGUCACGCAUAUAUGGCAGAGAUGGUGAUAAAGAAGAAAUAAUUCGUCUUUUACUUGAUGAAGAUCUGAGCAGGGACCCACUAUCAGUGAUUUCUGUAGUGGGUAUGGGUGGGUCGGGGAAAACUACUCUUGCUCAAUUGGUGUACAAUGAUGGGAGGAUGAAGGAUCAAUUUCAACUCGACUCUUGGGUGUGUAUUUCAGAUGAAUUUGAUGUUAUUAGAAUUACGAAAACAAUACUUUCUGCACUUCACUGUUCAAUAACAGGAUAUGAAGAUCUAAAUCAGCUUCAAUUGAAACUGAAAGAGAAAUUGAUGGGGAAGAAAUUUUUGCUGGUUCUUGAUGAUGUCUGGAAUGAGAAACCAUCUGAUUGGGAAUUGUUACGAGUUCCUUUCUGUUUUGGGGCUUCUGGAAGUAAGAUCCUUGUUACAACACGCAGUGAACAGGUAGCAUCAGUCAUGGCCUCUAUUAGAGUGCAUCACAUAACUUUGUUAAAUGAAGAAGAUGGCUGGAAGUUAUUUGCAGAAUAUGCGUUCAAAAACAAGGAUGCUAGCUCGUGUUCAAAUCUACAGUCAAUUGGCAAAAAAAUUGUUGAGAAGUGCAAAGGGUUGCCUCUAGCCAUAAAAUCAUUGGGUGGCCUCUUGCAUACAAAGUUUUCAGAGAAAUAUUGGAAUGAAAUUCUUGAGAGUGAGAUAUGGCAGUUAGCAGAUGGUGAUGAGGAUAUAAUGCCAGCUCUAAGACUAAGCUAUCAUUAUCUUCCUUCUAAUUUGAAGAGGUGCUUUGCAUUUUGUUCUAUAUUUCCUAAAGACGUUGAAAUUGACAAGGAGUCUCUAAUCCAAAUGUGGAUGGCAGAGGAUUUGAUAUAUUGCAACCAAGGAAAUAAAAGUGUGGAGGAAUUGGGGAAUGGAAUUUUGGAUGAACUAGAAUCAAGGUCAUUUGUUGAGAAAUCAACAUUUUCCGAUGACAAAUUAAUUAUGCAUGACCUUGUAAAUGAUUUAGCGAAAUCAGUCUCUGGAGGAUUUUGUUUGAGGAUGGGGAUUGAUCAGGUGCAAAAUGAAAUUAUUGAAAGGAUACGCUACUGUUCAUUCUCAAGUUUCGUCGACAUGGAUGAUGAAAUACCAUUGAAACCUAUUUAUGAGAGCAAGCAGUUACGUUGUUUUGCUCGACUACAAGAAGGGUCCUGUGAUAUUGGUGGUAAGGUUGAGGCUGAAAUGUUUUCAAGAUUUAAGCACUUGCGAAUUUUGGGCUUGAAAUAUGUUGCAACUAUCACUAAAUUAAGUGAUGGUAUAAGCAAUUUAAAGCACCUUCGUUAUCUAGACCUCUCUGAUAGUGGGAUUAAAAAGUUACCAGGUUCAAUCUGCACCAUGUGUAAUUUGCAAACUUUGAAAUUGAACGGUUGCGAUCAGAUUGUUAAGAUACCUCGGGAUUUUUACAAAUUGAUCAAUUUGCAUUAUCUAGACCUUUCUAGGACUGGGAUCAGCAAGUUACCUAAUUCAAUUUGUAAGGUGCGCAGUUUGCAAACGUUGAAAUUGGGAGGGUGUGGGUCUUUGGCUAAAUUGCCACCAGAUUUGCCCAAUCUCAUCAAUCUUCGACAUCUUGAUUUGGUUAGGACUUGUAUAAGGGAGAUGCCAAUGAACAUGGGAAGGAUGAAAUAUCUUCAGGUAUUGACAAGGUUCUGUGUGGGAAAGCAAAGGGGAUCUAAUAUUAAGGAGUUAGGAAAACUCAAUUAUCUUCAAGGCAGGCUUGAGAUUUUUCAGUUGGAUAACAUCAAUGAUCCAAUGGACGCGGGGGAGGCCAAUAUGAAAGAGAAGAAUUACUUGAAUGAAUUGACUUUGGGAUGAAGUGGAAACAAUGAGGAUUCACAAAAUGAAAGGUCCGUUUUGGAGGCUCUUCAACCUCAUAUCAGCUUGAAAGAUCUUUAUAUUAGUGGCUAUGGUGGCACAAGGUUUCCGGACUGGAUGGAUGCUCAUCAUCUACCUAAUUUAGUAUCUCUUAGGUUGAGCUGUUGUAAAUAUUGCUUUUGUUUACCACCACUUGGGCAGCUGCCCUGUCUAAAGAGUCUUUCGAUUUAUGGAUUAGAAGGAAUACAGGAGAUUGGGUCAGACUUUUAUGGGGAGAAUUUGUCAAUUGCUCCGUUUCCAUCCCUUGAAUCUUUGACAAUUGAAGAUAUGGGGGAAUUGGAAGAAUGGAAGCAUUUUGAAGGUGAAUGUUUUCCUCGCCUUAAAUACAUGCGUAUACAGCGCUGUCCGAAAUUAAGGAAAUCCCUUCCUCUAUGCCUUCCAUGUUUGGAAUGGCUAGAUAUUGGAGGAUGUGAUGGCUUGGAACUUGAAUCAUUCCCUAUGAAAGAUUCCUCUUAUCCGAAACUUGAACGGAUCACCCUUGCUGGCAUGACCCAACUGAAGUCACUUCAUGAAGACAUGCAUGCACAGGUCCCCUGUCUUCGUUCUUUAGAGCUGGUUGGAUGUCCACAGCUGCAAUUGGUUCCUCAAAGAGGUUUUCCUUCAAGCCUUUUCAAUAUUAGAAUAACAAGUUGUCCGAAACUCAUAGCUUGUCGUAUGAGCUGGGGCUUGCAAGGGCUUCAUUCUCUAAAACAGUUACAAGUGGGUGAUCAUGAUUUUGAAAAUGCCGAGUCUUUCUUAGAAGAGUUACAUUUGCCACCCAAGCUUGCUUUUCUUUAUCUUGAACGAUGUUCAAAUUUGACAAAAAUAAACAACAAUGGCCUUCUCUCCCUCACAUCUCUUCAACACUUAUGGAUUGAGGGUUGCCCAAAUCUCGAGUGCUUGCCAGAGGAAGGUUUACCCAACUCCCUUUCUUCAAUAUGGAUUAGUGGAAAUAGUCCAUUACUAAAGCAGCGGUACCAAAAAGUGGAUGGACCAGGCUGGCAUAAAAUUUCUCACAUUCCACGCGUGCGUAUAGAGUAGAUGGAACUGCAUUCCCUUACAGUUCCUUCAUUCAUUCGCCCGGGAGUCAUGAUGCAUAUAUAGAGUUUCGUUGCUCAUAUUCUUUCUUAAUUAAAGGAAUGCUUAGCGAGAUACCAAGUCUUUGGACUAUCCUGAGUUUCCCAGAAUCAUAUGCCAUCCCAUGUAUUGCCAAUCCUUGUUGUGAUCAUCAUCUUCCUCGGCAUCUCGUGGUGCUUUUCCUAUAAGCAACAUGGUUGGAUUCUGCUUGUGAUUCCAAAAUGCUUAGCCAAAUACCAUGGAUUUGGACUAUCCUGAGUUUCAAUGCAUGUAGAGCAAAUUUGUGAAGAUCCCAAUCCUCACAUGAAAUCUUGUCCACAAACCACAUACUCGAAGCUUCCUCUAUCCAACCUUAUCUUCCCAUGUGCUGGUAGUCCUAGUCGCGGUCUCCAUCUUCCUUGGCAUUAUUCUAUGAGGAAGUUUUCAAAAAUGCAGAUGAACAAUGGGGCUGUAUUCUAUUCACUACCCUAGUUGUGAUGUUGCUCUUAAUUUUCUUCUGAGAGGAAGAAAGGAGGACCCAUCAUUUUCCAUUUAUUGUACUCUUGCUUAUCAUGGUUCUGUAAGAAUCACCUUCCUUGAAACCGAAGUUCUGGUCUGUUUGGUUUCUUUCUCUAGAGUUGGAUUUGAAUCUGAAAUAAAUUUGCCAAUCUUGUCUGUGAAAGUUGCAACAAGUGAACAACUGGCGAAAGCUAAUGGCACAUAGAGUAUUGAAAUUUAUGGAUUAGCUGCAAACUAUCAAUGCACUUUCUUCUGUUGGAAAAAGGAUAGGAGUGUGUUUCUGGGCACAUUAAUUGUACAACUAGACUAUGGUUGGUCUUAUUGAAGUGACUAACACACAGCAUUGAUUCUAUGUGAGAUCAGUUUAUGUGUUAUGGAUCAAAGGAAUGAUCAAUUGCCUGAAAAAUUUCUCCUCUUUUAGCCUUGGUUGGAUUUGAAUCUGGAACAAAACUACGAGCCAAGCUUGUCAAUCAACGUAGCAACAAAUGAAACAGCUGCCAAAAACUAAUGGCAUGAGGGAAAAUUCAAAUGGUUGAAUUAGUCUCCCAUGAUCAAAGAAAUGCUAAGGCAAAGACCAUGUCUUUGGACCAUCAUGAGCUUCAAUAUAUGUGAAGCAAAUUUGUGAUGAUCCCAUCCUCACAACAAGUCUUGUCCACAGAACCACAUGCUUGAACCAUCUCCAACCUCAACUUCCCAUGUGCUGCUAUUCCUAGUUCUAGUCUUCAUGUUCCACAGUAUUUGAUCGUAUUCUUGUGAAAGUUGUAAAAAGUGCAGAUGAACGAUAGGGUUGGACAGGGUCGGAAUAUGGUUCUGGACAUAUUAAUUGCAAUCUUUGCUGGUUGCAGGUAAGCUAGAGAUGCUGUCAAAGCUAUUAAAACAACAACAAAAAAAUGAUGGGAAAGCUUUGUGGCAAAUCCCAAUAGCUAACUUCAUUUAGUCAAGGUUCUAUAGUGUUAUGCUGAAUCACCUGUUCCUUAUCUGAUGAGCAAUGCAAAAGAAUCAUAUUCAUAGUCAAGGAAGAAUCAUGUUUCAUGCUGCGAGUGUCAACAAAUUUAGUAGUUGGUCCUUUGUUGUUGGGCCUGUAAAUUGUUUUGUUUCUGUUCAAUGUACACUAGUUGGGCCAGAGAGACCUAUUCAAAGGAUAUUUCAGAUAAUGAGCUGAUAUGUUACUGUGUAUAUUGGUCAUUUUGAGAUUACAACUCUCCAUGUGGUAAUCGAGUUCAUGUGUUCCUUCAAA